UCGCCUGUAGUCGCCAUGGCAUCGACGAGAUCGAUCCAUAAGGACCAAUGAAUCAAGGUGAAGCUCCUGUUCCCCGCCGAAAUUCUCGCGGAGCCACUCGCCGAGCAUGGAAGCUGGGCUUCGAGAAGGUGAUCAAUACAGGUGGACAGGGGAACCGACGUUUGCGGCGUGGCCGCUCGCGGGGCCUAAAGGAGAGUCACCACUUCGAGUCUGUGGAGAUUCCCUUGAAGUUCACUUCCGCAUGGGAGAAAGGCUUCCGUGGCAUUUUGGGAGCUGUGUUCUCAGAACUUCUGCAGGAUCGCUUAGCAGAUUGUCGUGAAGCCCCGGAAGAGGCGAUAAGCAUCGACAAACGCAAUCGCUUGUUCUUCUUGUUGAUGAACAUCUUGGAUCACAGCAGGGCCUUUGAAACAGUGGCGAAGAUGCCAACGGCAGAAGAACUUCAAGGAGACCAAGAAGGCGCGGAGAAGGGCGAGCCUCUUUGGAAGCUCGUGAUGAACGCGAGCGGCAAAGAUGGAAGGCAAGACAAGGCGAACAGCACCUCUCGUGUAGAGGUCCUGGCGAGAGCACAGGACGAAGGCGUCUCCGAGGUUGCUCGAGUCAGCAGGACGUUUUCGGAGCAACGCCGAGGCAACUUCCAUGCGUGGCAUGACUUUUGGAGUUUCUACCGCCAAAUCGACAAGAACACACCGGAGAGUCAUGGGAGGAGACCAUGGCAGCGACAGCUGGAUCUCCUCAGUGAGGCGCAGUUGCCACAUGAUGCCAAGCAGCUCUUGAAACACAUGAAGACUGUGCCUUCCUUUCGCUCCGGGGCACCGUCGUCGGACGAAUCCAUGUCCAGCGAUUCCGGAAGCGACGGACCUGACCUUGCACCCCCACAUGCAGAGUCCAGACGUCGCAUGGCGCGCAUGGAAGAGAACAAUCCGCUGCUGGACCGACGUUCCCCGGUGAUGCGCUACAGCAGCUACCAGGAGCACAAGAAGUGUCGAACGGUGCUGAAGAAUGUGACCUUGCCCGCCAAAUGCCCUUUGACGCUCAGAAGCUCCGGCAAGGAGUAUCGCUCUCCGCGCCGUCUGGGGCUGUCCUUGAGUGGCCUACCGACACUGGACGAGGAACGAUCUCGAAAACCGCAGCUUCACUUUGGCGCCAGCACGGCAAGAGGAGAUUUCCUCAGUAUGCGCUGUCGCUUGGAGCACAAGCAGGCGGAGAUGGUUUCGGAGCCCCUGAGGGCCAUCAAGCAGAUGGCCAGUGAAGAGCCCUCAUCGAAGUGGCAGCCAGGGACAGAGAACUGGGUACAACUUCGCAACUGGAGGGCUGAGAAAGGAACGGCUUUUGGAGGGGAAAACACGAUGUUGGCGUGUCCUUUGACCUUCUUGAAACCCGAGAUGCCUCAAGUCAAGCCAUCUCCCCUGCCGGAGUUCCAUCGUCCGUGGUCCGCCGAGCGAGGGAAGCAACCAGGGCUGAAUCACUUGCCGCCGCUGCAGCGCUAUGCCAAGGUGUGUAUGGACUGUGGUCUCCAACCUCAACAAGCGGUGGUCAGUUUUCUGGGGAGGCAGCUGCCGUUCCUGGAUUUGCGAAGUUUGGCCUUCUCGGACGAGGAUUUCUUGGCGCUCACGGCGGCCUUCCCGGACACAGGAGUCUUGGAACAACUUGACCUGGGCGACAACUCUAAGAUCAGCGACCGCUCGGCAUGUCCAUUGCUUCAGAUUGUGGCAGCCAGAUAUGCUGAUAAGCUGCAGGCUCUUCGCUUGGAUCGUUGCAUUCACAUUGGACGCAAGUGCAUUCAGCUCCUAACGCGACUGAUCCAUGGGCCCAUGGCCAGCUUGAAGCGCCUGGAUAUCUCGGGAGUCUACGUAAGCGUUUGCGACUACCAAAAACUGGCGAAUGCCAUCGAACGACACGAGCAGCUACGGGAAGUGUCAUUGGCCAGAACGGGCAUCAGUCCAGACCUUUCGACCAAGGUGCUGCCGAAUCUGGUUCGCAACUCGCGGAUUCUCAAGAUGGAUCUGGGCUACAACCACUUUGACCCCGAAGCUUUCAGCGUGCUAGGCAAUAGCUUACUGAAGGGAAGCCAAGUGGAGUACUUGGGUUUGGCCAAGACGGCUUCAUGCAUGGCCUCGCUACCUAUGACGGGUUUUCUGGAGCAAUUGCCGGCAGACAAAAGCCUCAAAUUCUUGGACCUGUCAGACAAUAUGUUGGACGAGAGUUCGGCCAUCAUGCUGGAGUAUGGUCUGCAGACCCAUCCAUCCAUAGAGCUGCUGGACGUCUCCACCAAUCCUCUGGGGCAGGCGGGAUUGGGGUCCUUGGCUCGGUUGUUGUCCUCGGAGAAAUGUCCACGACUGGCGGAAAUUCGAUUGGAAGACGUGCAGGCCUCGGAGAACCGUGACGUGGCCAUGGGUCUCUUUGAUUUGGACCCUUCGGGGCAAUACAGCUUCGACAUGGCGCAGCCCGGUCAGCGUACCGCCUUUCGGCUCUUGCUCUCGCAGCUGAGCGACUAUGGCAGCCGCAGCCAGUACAUCAAGAGCGCAACGUUAUCCAACGCACCGUACAACGUGGAUGGUGUCCGAAGGCGGAAGAACAUUUGGAACGUCCCCAGCUCUGGGACUUUGGAAUUGCUGCUGAGCCUUAGUGACUUCUUGCUGAAAGAUGAGGGCGACCACGACUGUUUGUUUUCCCCUGUGGUGGAACGGAUGUUCCGGAGAAGGAAACGCACCUUGACGUCCAGGCGCCGGGCCUUGGCGGUGCUGCAGAAGGUGAGUAGCCUCAAGGGGCCCAUCUUCGACGCCUUUGUCAUGGCCUUGUUGCACUACUUUCAACUCUCCACGGAACAGGUGAUGGCGAUCUACAUGAACCAAGGUGACAAAGCCAAAGAGACGCUCAUUCGGAUGUUGCCAUCGCUGAUGUCGCCGCAACCCUUGAUGCACGCGGCACGCAACACGGACUCGCUGAAGGAGCUCCUGGAUUUCGAACAGGCGGCAGAUGGGCACAUGAGUCUCAACUUGGAAAAUCCCAGUGGACACUAUGCGCUUCGGAUGGAAUCAUUGCCAGCGAGGGUUGUAGCGCAGCAUUUGCUGCUGCUGAACCGAUGGCAGCUGCACCUAUGGCGGAAGGCCGGUCUGGUGGAUGUCAGCAUGGAUGGCAAGGGGAAAUGCCUCCGAAACACCCUGUUGGACGGGCGCUUGGUGAGCUGGGCAGAGAAUGAUUGGCGCUUACCGGCCUCGGGGCAGCUCUCCUUCGAUUUUGUGGCUCUAUAUAGGCCACCAGCGGACUGUUCCACAGUGAGCUUUGAUGCCUGGGGGCAAGUGCUGGCAGCCUUGGCGGACUUAGUGGCUCCAAAGAUCAGAGAGGGAGACAAGGAGGAUCCGCUGGUGCGAAAACAAGUGGCCAAAGUUCAAUGGGCUCUUCGAGCGAUCAGUUCACGGGUCUGGCUUCUCACCCGGCAGCUGAGGAACCUGCUGUGCAUCUUCCUGAACCGCCAAGACCGUGGAGAAACUUUGACGACCUUCUUCUUGCGCUGUGUGGACUGGCCCAUCAACGGCAAAUGUUGCCAGCCCAAGUUCUCGCGGCACCACUGGAAGCUUCUGAGCCAAAGGUUGGGAUACCUGAACCUGUUCCCCUAUGGACAGCCGGAAAUGUCCUUCCACGUCAUCGAUCUGGAGCAGUGCGACCAACGUCGCUGCUUCCAUACCCUAGUUCGCUUAGCUUCGGCUGAGGAUAGUGUGAACAUCAAAAAUCCCAUGAUCGACAAAGACGCCAAUCCAAACGUUCCAGCUUUCCAACCCUUCGUAGCAGGUAUUCCAAAAUCUUGGGAUGAACUGGAAAACAUCCCAGCCCAGGGUUUGGUACAAUGCACCUACAACUGUGCGGUGGAUCGGCAAAAUCUCAAGGUGCGGCGCCGACUGGCAUCCUUGGUGGGCGGCUGGACGCAUCUGCCAGACACGGCCUUCGACUUUUGGUCAUGCCUGGAUGAUGUUCCCCAGGAGGUUCUCAAGGUGGUGAUGUUCAUGAUCCGCCAAUGGGGCAGCACCGAUGCGGCCUUCGCAGCGUUGAAUACGCAGCCGGACAACAUGUUGAACCUCAAGGAGUUUGUGGAUGGUCUCACAAAAGCGGGCUGUUGCAAAGCACGAAGGCCCAAGAAGAUUGGGGUUCCAGGAUUGCAAAGUGCCAUUGCGAAGCCCAUGAUGCGCAGCGACGUGCCCGAUGAUGAGACGGACGCAGCACAGGUGGAAGUGAUUUCCAGUGUGUUCCGCUACCUGGAUACCUCCCACGACGGUGAUAUCUCGGCCCGAGAGUUCGAGACCUUGGAGCGGGUCUGGCGGGAACUGCAGCAGUCGAUGUUUGAGUUGAAACGUGAUCUCGAAGUCUAUUAUGGCUCGCUGCAGAAUGCCUUCGAAGCCAUUGAUUUAGACGAGAGCGGUGCCAUUUCUUUCGAAGAGUUCAAGAAGUGUGUUGAAGCCACGCACUUUGAUGGCCCAGUGCAAGAGAUCUUUAUGUUCAUUGAUUUGAAUGGCGAUGCGGAAAUCGAUGGACCUGAGUUCUUUGAGCUCGAAACCUACAGCCAUUCGCCUCCUUUGCCCGACCACACGGAUGGAAAACUGGCAAAGCUUCAACGACUCUUCCGCUGAUUUGUGCGGCGGCCAGAAAAGUCAGAGCAAUGUACAAUGUGU